AUGCUGGAAAAUUCGACUGUACAUGAGCAAUAUGAGCUUGCAGUGGAAGAUGGCGCGGCGCAGCCGCGUGGAAUAGGAGAAUCCCGGAAAAGAAGUCAUCAGAGGCGCGGCAUCCAAAAGAGCCCAAAAGCAAAAGGAGUUCUUGCCCCUGGAACAAGCUCAGUGAGAACGCAAGACCCUUCGAGGACACGACACUUGACACAGAAGCGCGCUUAUGAUUUCGAAACUUCGCCUGUGAAUCAGGCUCACGAGAAAGUUAACGAG